AUGGAUACAACUAAUUCAAUAUAUUUAACACCAGAACAAUUAGAAACUGGUUUAGUUAAUGGUACAAUUGAUAAAUUAGAACUUGAAAAACUUUUAACAAAUAAUGUUCAUGAAAAUGAAAAUAUUGAUACAUUAGUACAUUUUUUUCAACACUAUAUUCCUGGUAAUCGAACAAUGGAUGAAUUCAUUGAAAAAAUUCGUCAAUAUAAUAGUGCACAAAUAUGUGGUCUAGUUUGGAACGCAAAUGUGAUUGCAUAUCGAUGUAAAACAUGUUCAAUAUCACCAUGUAUGAGUAUAUGUGCUCAAUGCUUUCAACAUGGAAAUCACGAAGGACAUAAUUACAAUAUGUUUAAAAGUCAAGCCGGUGGUGCAUGUGAUUGUGGAGAUUCAAGUGUUAUGCAUGAAUUUGGAUUCUGUCGUUUUCAUGGUGAAAAUCGACCCAAAACACAAAUGGUACCACGUGAAUUAAUUUGUUGCGCAGAAUUACUUAUUCCACAUUUAUUAAAAGUAUUCAUACGUGCUCUACGUAUGAGUACUGUUAGUGGUGAUAUAGUAACAGAACAGAAAUUACUUGAAAUACUUAAUCUAUUAUCCAAUGGUGGCUCAGCUCUACAAGUAUAUAUAACAAAUGCAUUAACUGAUAGACGUCUUUAUGAAGAAUUUACUACUGAUUCAUCGAUGAUUAGACUUUAUCAUUAUGAAUAUUUAACUGGUGAAUGUUCAACAUUACCAGAGACAUUUUUUGUUGAAUCAUUAAUGACUGAUUCAACAUCAAAUAGUUUAAUACCAUUCGAUACAAGUUUACAUACAAUGCUUGAUGAAAUAAUGAUGUGGUGUGUUACAGCUAAUUUACCAGAAGAUCUUGUACGAUUUUUACUUAGUUUAUUACCUGAUUUUAAUUUUAAACUUUUAUUUACGGAAACAUUUUUACGUUUCUAUGGUGUUAUAGCACAAUCACUUGUUGAUGAAUCACUUUCAGAAACAAGUGAUAUACCAUCACGUCUCGUUCAUAUUAGUGUGCAAUUAUUUUCCUCAAAUAUAAUUGCUGAAUAUGCUAUGGAAAAAUGUCAUUUAAUUGAAGUUAUACUUUCAUGUAUAUGGCAUAUGUUUGUACCAUCAACAGACCAAGAUAAACAAGAUGAGGAUGUCGAUGAGGAUGAAAAUAUACUUAAAGUACAUCCAUUAGCACUAAGUAGCGAAUCAAGUACUGCUAUGGUGGUAGAUGUUGACCAUCGUUUAAUAGUAAAAAAUGUUUAUUGGCCGUUAUUGAGUGAUUUUGUUAAUAUAUUAUCACAAGAAAAAAUCGCUUUUACAAUACUUGAAAAUCAAAAAUAUUUUAAUUUAUGGUUACGUUUUCUUACAUUAUUUCAAGGUAUGAAUGUUAAUGAACGUAUAUUAACUCAACAUGUUGAAUUUGAACCACAAGCAUAUAUGUAUGCAUUUACCAUUGAACUUGAAAUCAAUGCUAUGGCUAUGUGGUAUUUUGUUAGUCAUCUUAAACAAAAUUAUCCGUCAGAAAAAUUAAUUUAUGUUAUCAAACAAGUUAUUGAUAGUAUUAGUGAUUGGAUGCAAUCAUUAAGUUUUGAUCGUAAUCGUAUGGAUGAUUGGAAAUUAACAUUUCAUUUACCAUUACAUCGCUAUUUAUCUGUAUUUGCUUAUAAUGCUAUAUAUCAAUAUAAUAUUGAUCCAUCAUUAUUUUUGCCUGUUGAUAAUGAAAAUAGUCUUUUAAAUUUAAUGUUUUAUCCAUUGAGAACAAUUUGUGGAUAUCAUGAAGUUCUAUCGAAUAUCUGGCUGCGAAAUGGACAACAAGUAAUAAUUCAAGCGAAAACUUACGCAAAAAGUUCUUUUUCAUCAUCAUUACACGAUGCAGAUUUAUUUCUUUUACAAUUACUCUCAUGUUAUAUUAAACCAAAUGUCUUCGUCGAAAAUUUACUUACAAGAUUUCAUGUUUAUUCAUGGUUAUUUCAGUCGGCAACUACAUCAAAUUUAGAAUCACCACAACUAAUAGCAAUGUUAGAAAGUGCUUUAAUAACAUUAUGUGCUAUUGUUGGUUUUCAACCAAAUAUUGCUAUUCGAGAAACAAAACAAAUUCGAGCUGAAAUUAUAACAACAUUAGCUGUAGCUGAUCGAUUAUAUAGUGAAGUGGAAGAAAAUAUUCCUGAAACAUCACCAUUGAGUGCUAAUCGAAAAGAAAUUGAUACUAUUCUUGACGAUGUAUCUGAUUUUCAAACACCUUCUGUUGAAUUAUUGGGUCAUUUACAACAAGGCAAAUAUACUAUUAAAGGUACAUUAUUCAAAACUGAAUAUGAUCCUCUACAUGUAAUGAUGCGUUGUACCAAACGUGCAAAUUUUCAAAAUUCACUUGAACGUUUUACAAACUAUGUUAAACAUGAAGGUUUAUUUAAAUCAGAUUAUCCUAUUUGGCCACCAUUUCGUAUUCCAACAUAUUAUCAUCCACAAAUGUCAAAUGUUCAACAUAUAUUACAAUCAGGUGUACUACAUCAUUUUCUAUUUUUAUGUUUAAAUGCUUAUUUAAAUGACAAAUCUAUUACGGAAAAUAUUCUAUAUUUCACAGUAUACCUUCUAGAAUUAUCACUUCUGAACGCUGAAGAUACUUCACCAAUGGCAGUUGAUGAAAAUUCAGAAGAAAUCGCAGCAUUUAAAACAAACAAUAUUUUGACAAAUAUUCGUACACGAGUCUUUGUAUCACUUAAUCCAUUAAAAAAUGAGUCUGAAACUGACAGUAUUAUUACACUUCUAUUAAAAAUUCUUCAUAAACAACGUUCACAUGAUUUUGUUGAUAUAAUCAAUAAUAUUUCUCUCAAACCAAAGACAGAUAAUGCGAAGAAUAUAUCACGUAUUGGUGAUAGUUAUUAUUUUAUUACAAAUAUAUUUUCUUUAUCGUCACAAAUGAAUGAACAAUGUCGUAUAACAAUUAAACAAGAAAUUGAAAAGCUUAAAGCUCAAUAUCAACAACAACAACCAACAAGUACAAAAUCAUCUGAAUUAACAACUGAACAAAAACGACAACGAGCAAAAAAUCGUCAACUAAAAUUACUUGCUGAAAUAGCAGAGUCACAAAAAAAAUUUAUAAGUCAACAAAAUCCAGAUGAAAAUGCAAUGUCUAUUGGUACGUCACCAUCAUUAAAUAAUGAACAUUUGUCAAUGGAACAAACAAUAACAACAAUAGCAGCAGCAGCAGCCUCAAACAUAUCGACUCAUACAGAAAAUUUAGUUGAAUAUGAAUGUUGUGUUUGUCGUAUAACAAAAAGUGAUAGUCAAUCACCAAUUGGUCUUAUUGGAACAUCAUGUUUAUCACUUUUACCUAGCCUCGAAUUUACUCAAUUAGAUGAAUAUGAACAAAAAAUAUUAUCCUACGAUUCGCACAAAAUUACUCUUGAAACAUAUUUAAAUAUAACUAAACAAUGUUUAACACAAAUUAGUGGACACCCAUAUAUUGCAAAUUAUUGUCAAAAUGAUCAUCAUCUUCGUUCAUUGCUUAUUCAAUCAUGUGGUCAUUCAAUUCAUGUUGAUUGUCUUUCAUCAUAUCUUAAAGCAUUACAUCCGAAUCAAGAAGCCGCUGAAGUAUCUGUUAAUAAUCUUCUUCCACCUAAUACAAAUUUUCGUUGUCCACUUUGUCGUCAAACAGCUAAUGCAUUAAUUCCAUUAUUUGAUUAUAAUGAUUAUGUAAACAUCGAAGAAAAUAAACAAAAUGUAACAUCUUUCGAACGACUUCAUCAAUCAAUGCUAAAUCCAUUGCGUCCAAAAUUAAAACGAAGUUCUGAUGAAAGUUGUUUACUUGCAUUUUUAUCAGGUCUUGCAGCUAAAUGUGUAUCAAUUGAACAAUUAUCUGCAGAUAUUCCAAUGUCAUUACCACAUCAUCAAUCAAUGAAACAACGUGCAGCCGAAUUUGAUUGUGGAACUUUGAGAGCACAACUUGUCCAUGAACAACUUUUCUAUGAAAGUGCAAAUAGAAUCGAUCAAAAAAAUAUUCGAAAAUCAUUUUAUAAAAUUCUUCAUGAUCUUCAUCAUCUUGGUUAUCCAUUUCAUCAUCAACAUCUCUGGCAAGAAUUAACUGGACUUCAAUGUCCAUCGACAACAAUUGAUGUAUUUGAUCGUCAUCAACCAUUAGCACCUAUUCUUUUACGUGAUCCCAUUACUAUGUUACUGCAACUAUUAAUGAGUGCACCAAUUAAUCUAACUUCUGAUGAAUUUGAUACAAUUGUUCAAACAGUAUUUAAUAUUGAAUUUUUUAAAAGUCUUAUAUCGAUAAUUACUGAGCAACCAAUAGAAAACACAAAUUUAGCAGAUUUCAAUAGUUAUAUUGAUCUUACAAAAAAAUGUAUAAACGAUAUUAUUACUGAUGAACCAAUCCGAAAUAGAAAACCAAUUGAAAAUUCUUUUGAGAUUCAAUUAAUGAAUAAUUGUUUAGAAUUUUUAAAAAUUACUUCAUUAAUUAAAUAUCGAUUAUAUUCAAAAGAAAUGCCUUGGAUAACGGGUGAACAACCUUCAGCAAUAGGAUUGGCUAAUUUUUUAAAUUUAAAAUUAAAUUUAAAUGGUUUAGCUAUACCACAAUGGUAUUGUGGUGAACCAAUGGAGUUAGUAACGAAUUGGUUACAAAAUUUUCAAAAUAAUGCUCAACAUCAUCGUGAUGCGAUGAAAAUAUUAUGUCUUAAACGGCCACAUUUUUAUCCUCCAAUAUUUAUUGAUUUACCAGCAAAAUAUGAUGAUAUAUUUCAUACAUAUAAUGAAUAUCGUUGUGAACAUUGUAAAAAAGUUUCAUCUAGUACAUUAUUAUGUCUUAUUUGUGGUGAAUUACAUUUAAGACGUUGGUAUCCAGCAUGUUGUGUUUAUCAACGACAAAGAUAUGCUCAACAUCUUACAAAAUGUGGUCAUCCUGCUGCUGUUAUGCUUGAUAUUCAAACAACAUUAAUCGCUAUUUGUUUAACUGAUACAUAUGGUUAUUGGCAUUCACUUUAUCUUGAUCAACAUGGUGAAGAAGAUCCUAAACUUAAACGUGGUAAGACAUUAUAUUUGAAUUUAAAUCGUCUUGCUGUUCUUCGUACAUUAUGGUUAACAGCAACAUUUGAUUAUCAAAUUCCAAAUUGGUUGUCAUACACGUCGUUAAUGAUUAGUCAUUUUGAUCUUUCUAUCAUCGAAUAUCUUGAUGAAAUACAUAAAACACCAAGACUCUUACCAGACAAUCCAUAUCAACGUUAUCAGCCUCGUAUGAUUAGUGAAAUCAUUGCAUCUGGUAUUCAGUCUUUGCAAAAUCUAAGUGUUUUAAAACGUGUUGGUGAUGAGAAAAAAGUAGACUGGGUACGGCAUUAUGUCAAAAUUGGCCUUGAUGGCAAAUGGAAAAUUGACUUAACUAAAUAUCCAUUUAUUACAUCUAUUGAAGAAAGACUAAAUUCUAUUGAUGGAUUUAAAUCAACUCAUCCAAAUCAACAAUCUGAUUGUUCAGAACAAGAAAAGCAUAAAAAAAAAUAA